AUGUGCAAGUCCCCGCUUCACGAUUUCCUCAUCGCUCUUCCAAAGGUCGAGCAGCACCUCCAUAUCGAGGGCACCCUAGAGCCGGAGCUCCUCUUCUCGCUCGCUGAAAAGAAUAGUAUUUCUCUUCCCGAUGAUCCUGUCUAUGCUUCCCCUGAGAAGCUGCGCGAGCGAUAUGGACGCUUCACCUGCCUCGAUGACUUUCUGCACUACUACUACCUGGGAAUGAGUGUGCUCAUCUCGGAGCAGGAUUUUGAGAGUCUUGCAUGGGCCUACUUUUGCAAAGCUGCAGAGGAAAAGGUCCGUCAUGCCGAAAUCUUUUUCGACCCUCAAGCGCAUACUGCUCGUGGAGUCAGCUACGAUACUGUCGUCGCAGGCCUCACAGCGGCCAAGCGCCGUGCUGAGAAGGAGCUGGACAUCACCGUUGAGCUAAUUGUCUGCAUCCUUCGUCAUCUCCCAGUUCCCGAGUCUCACGCUCUUGUCGAUACUCUUCUUGAGCGUGGGCACUUCACGGAUGGCACUCUGGCGGGCUUUGGCAUGGUCUCGAGCGAAAAGGACAACCCGCCCGAGCUCUUCACCGAUGUCUUUGCUCGUGUCGCCAAAACGGGUACGCACCUCACUACGCACGCCGGCGAGGAGGCACCCCCUUCGUUCAUCACGGCUUCUCUGGAGCACCUGGGCGUCUCGCGUAUCGACCACGGCCUUGCUGCUGCUCAGGAUCCAGAGCUUCUGGCAUCCCUCGCUGCGAACCGGACCCUUCUGACCUUUUGCCCAUGGUCCAACGUUGCCCUCUGCAACUUGCCUAGCCUCGCUGAUGCCCCUGUGCGCGCAUUCCUUGAUGCUGGUGUUCGCUUCAGUGUCAACAGCGACGACCCGGCCUACUUCGGCGCCUACAUUCAGGAGGUCUACUGUCGUGUGCAGGACACUUUUAACCUGUCUAUCGACGAGUGGGCGUGGAUUGUUCGUGGUGGCGUGGAGGAAGCCUGGUGUGUCGAUGAGCGCAAGGCAGUGAUUUUGAAGGAGAUUGAGCAGGUCGUCACCAAGUUUAAGGGGGAGAAGGCCGUGGAAGCAUAA